GGGCUCCUGCACUCACACCCGGAGUCUCAGGACAGACUGUCAUCUCACCAACGAGGACUAGACCAACCCAGGCAAAAUGGUGAAAGUCGGUAUCAAUGGAUUUGGCCGUAUUGGUCGUCUGGUGACUCGUGCUGCUGUCACCUCCAAGAAGGUGGAGAUCGUGGCCAUCAAUGACCCAUUCAUUGACCUGGAGUACAUGGUCUACAUGUUCAAGUAUGACUCCACUCAUGGCCGUUUCCAUGGAGAAGUCAAGGCCGAGGGAGACAAACUUGUCAUUGAUGGACACAAAAUCAGCGUCUUCCAUGAGAGGGACCCAGCCAACAUCAAAUGGGGUGAGGCUGGUGCUGAGUACGUUGUGGAGUCCACUGGUGUGUUCACCACUAUUGAGAAGGCCUCUACUCACUUGAAGGGUGGUGCCAAGAGAGUCAUCAUCUCUGCACCCAGCGCUGACGCUCCCAUGUUCGUCAUGGGCGUCAACCACGAGAAAUACGACAAAUCCCUCCAGGUUGUCAGCAAUGCCUCCUGCACAACCAACUGCCUGGCUCCCCUGGCUAAAGUCAUCAACGAUAACUUUGGUAUCGUUGAGGGCCUGAUGAGCACCGUUCACGCCAUCACUGCCACCCAGAAGACAGUGGACGGCCCCUCUGGUAAACUGUGGAGGGACGGCCGUGGUGCCAGCCAGAACAUCAUCCCCGCCUCUACUGGUGCUGCCAAGGCUGUCGGCAAGGUCAUUCCUGAGCUCAACGGCAAACUGACUGGAAUGGCCUUCCGUGUCCCCACCCCCAAUGUGUCCGUGGUGGAUUUGACAGUCCGUCUGGAGAAACCUGCCAAGUACGACGACAUUAAGAAGGUUGUGAAAGCUGCUGCUGAUGGACCCAUGAAGGGCAUUCUGGGAUACACCGAGCACCAGGUCGUCUCCACAGACUUCAACGGUGACUCCCACUCCUCAAUCUUUGAUGCUGGUGCUGGCAUCGCUCUCAAUGAACACUUUGUCAAGCUCGUUUCAUGGUAUGACAAUGAGUACGGUUACAGCAACCGUGUUUGUGACCUCAUGGCCCACAUGGCCUCCAAGGAGUAAACCAAGCAGCUGACUGAGCGACACCAUUGACCCACAUUCUCCCGUCAUCAGUGACUACCUGGUUCUGUCAGAAAGUCGACCCUUCCAUCACCUUCCUGAGGAACCAUCCCACAUAAAAAAUGAUUUAAUUUUUGACCAAUUUUUUUUUUUUUUUUUGUAAACUCCCUGUCCUGUUCUUGUGUUGGAGUAGAGGUGUGAAAGUCGUCCUGUCUGUAGUACCGAAGUGCUGCAGUCAGAGGUGGAAUAAAGUCCUUGUUGUUUGUGAGAAA